GGCGCUGUGGUGCAGCAGGUUAAAGCCCUUGUCUAAAGUGUCAGCAUCCCAUAUGGGUGCUGGUUCUAGUGCCGGUUGCUCCUCUUCCAGUCCGGCUCUCUGCUGUGGCCUGGGAAGGCAGUGGAGGAUGGCCCAGGUGCUUGGGCCCCUGCACCCAUGUGGAAGACCCGGAAAAAGCUCCUGGCUCCUGGCUUUGUUUUGGCUCAGCUCUGGCCGUUGUGGCCAACUGGGGAGUGAACCAGUGGAUGGAGGACCUUUCUCUAUGUCUCUACCUCUCUCUGUAACUCUGACUUUCGAAUAAAUAAAAUAAGUAUUUUAAAAAGAAAAAGAUCCAUCAACCCUUUUAACAUUCCUUCUGACUCCAAGGAUUGCUUUCUAAAUUUAUAUCCCUGGCAGUGUGGUUACCUACAGAAACACACACAUGCACACACAGACACAUACACCUAUGUAUGUGUAUAUAUACAUAUAUAUAUCCCUUGCUGUUUCAGGCAUUAGGAGGUGAAUCGGUGGAAAGUCUAUCUCUUUCCCUCAGUCUAUUGUUCUGCCUUUCAAGUAGAUGAAAGUAAUAAACAUUUUUUUAAAUGCAUAGUUUUUAAAAUGCACAUCUUGCCUCUGCAGUGUUCUUUAAUACUGUAUUGGCUGCAAGUCCACUGGACUCCACUGUGGAGCCCUAUAUCUUUGUAAGGGCUCUCCCAGGCUGUUAGUGCCAAGGAGCAGAUUUCUCUCAGAGAAGAAACAGCAACACAGAGGGGCACCAGACUGGCUGCUGCCUCAACAAACAGCAGCAUUAUGGAGUCACUACCCCCUUGUCACUAAGCAACAAGAAACUGACUUCAGAUCUCUAUCUUCAGACCUAUAUAGCCUCAAAAAAAAAAAGAAGAAGAAAAGUUGUCUUUUCUGUUCUCUUCCUGGAAAGAUGCAAAGUGCUUUAGUAGGCUCCUGGCACAACAGUGGCUUCUAUGGGCACUACAGAGGACAAUUCAAGAAUGAAAGUGCUAGAGAAUACCGCCUUGCAGCCAAGCCCCAGCCUCCAACAGCAUUCCUGCAGCGAUGUCAGGAGCCAGUGCAGCAGCAUUUCUUCUCCAAGCACGACAAUCGCACAUCCUUCGACAAAGGCCCCUACUGCCUGCUGCAGGGAAUCGGAAGACGGAAAGACCUGCAGCGCCUGUGGCAGCGGCACACCUUCCUGCGCUGGGCACCCUGUGAGCUGGAGCUGAGCAAGCAGCAGCCCCUGGAAUCUUCCUACCAGUCUGAUUUCCGGACAGGCCCAGGACUUUGUGGUCAACCCCAGCGCCUCGUCCACUUUGUGCAGGUCCGGCCUCCACAUGUCAGCACCACCUACCAACAGAACUUCUGCCAGCCAUCGCUGGGCGGCCACUGUGGCACCAACAAGGUAGGGACCCAGGCAUCAGUCGCUGACACACUGCCCGACCUCCCGGGGAUCCCAAGACCCAAGCUGCUGCAGCACUACAUUCAUGCUGGGGUCUCUGAGUGUCUAAACUGGUCCCGAGCAUUAAAGGACUGUUAACACAGGA